UUGGAAUGGCCUCCCCAUCUCAAGCUGAAUUGUCUCUACUCUCCAUGGACAGGUCUGAAACCAAAGGGUCAAUGUCCUUUGAAGACGUGGCUGUGUAUUUCACGGAAGACCAGGGGGCUCUGCUGGAUCCCAAUCAAUUAGCUUUGUACAGGGAUGUCAUGAUGGAAAAUUAUGGGAACGUGGCCUCCUUGGGAUUUCCUCAGCUGAAACCGAACCUCAUCUCCCGGAUGGAGCGAGGCGAAGAAUUGUGGAUGCCCCAUCACCAAGGCUCGGAUGAAACGGUGGUCCCCAGCACCAGUUCAGAUGACUCUAGGAAAAAGCAUUUGUGUCCUACCUGUGGGAAACGUUUUGCUCAGAAGGCUAGUCUUGCUAUCCACCAGAGAAUCCACACGGGAGAGAAACCUUACAAAUGCUCCACAUGUGGGAAAUGUUUUGCUGACCGUUCGACUCUUGCGAAACAUGAGAGAAUCCACACUGGAGAGAAACCCUAUAAGUGUCUGGAUUGUGGGAAAUGUUUUUUUACAAAAGCAGAGUUGGUGAUCCACCAGAGAGUCCACACAGGGGAAAAACCCUAUAAAUGCCCUGAGUGUGAGAAAUGUUUUGCUCAGCAUUCACAACUCAUAAGCCAUCGGAGAGUCCACACCGGAGAGAAACCGUAUAAAUGCCUGGACUGUGGAAAAUGCUUUGCUCACCAAUCACCCUUCAUGAGCCACCGAAGAUUUCACACAGGUGAGAAGCCUUAUAAAUGCUCAGAGUGUGGGAAGUGUUUUAUUCAACAUUCUCAACUUGCAAGCCACCGGAGAGUCCACACUGGAGAAAAACCCUAUAAAUGUGUCGAGUGUGGGAAAUGUUUUGCGCAAGCAUCAGCCUUCAUGAACCAUCGAAGAACCCACACGGGUGAGAAGCCUUAUAAAUGUUCAGAGUGUGACAAAAGUUUUGGUCAACAACCACACCUUAUCAGCCACCAGAAACUCCAUACAGGUGUGAAACCCUAUAAAUGCUCAGAGUGUGAGAAGUGUUUUGCUGCCCUCUCGGGUCUUACAAGCCACCAGAGAGUCCACACAGGGGAGAAACCCUAUAAAUGUUUGGAGUGUGGGAAGUGUUUUUCCGCACAGUCCGUCCUUGUGACCCACCAGAGACUGCACACCGGAGAGAAACCCUACCAGUGCUUGGAUUGUGGGAAGCGUUUUGCUGAUAGCUCAACCUUUGUGAAACACAAAAGGAUUCACUCUGGUGAGAAGCCCUAUAAGUGCUUUCAGUGUGAGAAGAGUUUUGCUGGGCAUUCGUCUUUCGUACAACACACCAGAGUCCACAGUGGAGAGAAGCCCUACAAAUGCUCCGAGUGUGGGAAAUGUUUUCCUUAUCGUGCAGAUCUUGUGCGGCACAGGAGAGUCCACACGGGGGAGAAGCCCUACAAAUGUCUGGAGUGUGGCAAAUGUUGUACUGACACCACAGCUUAUGUGAACCACCUGAGAGUCCACACGGGAGAGAAACCCUACAAAUGUUUGGUGUGUGGGAAAUGUUUUGCCUACUCUUCAGGAUUUGUGACCCACCAGAGGAUCCACACGGGAGAGAAACCCUACAAAUGCCCGAAGUGUGGGAGGUGUUUUGCUGACCGUUCAGCCUUUUCUAGACACCUUAAAGUCCAUAGGGGAAAGGAACCUUGAGCACAUCAAAACUUCCUCCGUGCACUUUGAGCGAAAAAACCCUGCUUGGACAUUAGAGAAUUCAGUAAAGUGAGGGAU